CUCGAGCAGUUCCUGCACAUGCGUGUCUCAGAAAGUUUGUCUUCUGGACUUUACAAGCUGCAGCCAGGGAUUCAAAGCGACCUUCAUCUCCCACACUGGGGAGGAUUAUGGUGACACUUCUGUCACUCACAUAACACAGGGCCCUGCUGGUACAGAGAAACCUCCAUUACCUGUAAAGUAUGAAGAUAAAUAGGUUUGUCUUGGCGUCAAGGCCAGGAAACGACGGGGAGCCGGUGCCUGAGAACUUCUGCUUGGAAGAAGCUGAACUCUCUGAAGAGCUUAAAGAUGGGCAAGUCUUGGCCAAAACCUUGUACAUCUCUGUGGAUCCUUAUCUGCGAUGUCGCAUGAAUGAGGAAACGGGGACAGAUUACAUGCAGCCAUGGAAGGUCUCUGAAGUCCUCGACAGCGGUGGGAUUGGAAUGAUUGAAAGAAGCAAAAACAGCAACCUCAAAGUUGGGGACAUUGUCUCGAGUUUUAACUGGCCUUGGCAGACAAAGUGCAUUCUGGAUGGUAACACAUUGAAAAAAGUGGACCCGAAUCUUGUGGACGGCCACUUGUCACUUUUGUUGGGUGCCGUUGGAAUGACCGGAUUGACGGCUUUCCUCGGUGUGAAGGAGAAGGGUCAUGUGAUCCCUGGAGCUAAUCAGACGAUGGUGGUUAGUGGUGCUGCUGGAGCUUGUGGUUCCCUAGCUGGUCAGAUCGGCCACCUCCUCGGCUGCUCCCAUAUUGUAGGAAUCUGUGGCACAAAUGAAAAAUGUGCCAUUUUGACCUCAGAGUUGGGUUUUGAUGAGGCUUUGAGCUACAAGGAGCCAGGACUUGGAGAAAGGUUAAGAGUCUGCUGCCCUGAUGGUGUGGAUAUCUACUUUGACAAUGUUGGAGGAGAGAUCAGCGACAUUGUUAUCAGUCAGAUGAACAAAAGCAGCCAUGUUAUUCUGUGUGGUCAGAUCUCUCAGUAUAACAAGGAUGUUCCCUAUCCACCUCCACUCAACCCCCGAACCGAGUCCAUUCUGAAAGAACAAAAUAUUACAAGGGAAAGAUUUCUUGUGCUGAACUAUACAGAUCAAGAGGGAUCUGCGCUUGCACAGCUCAGUGAAUGGGUGAAGACAGGAAGGCUGAAGGUUAAGGAAACUAUUGUUCACGGGAUUGAAAACACAGCAGGUGCCUUCCUGUCAAUGAUGAGAGGAGGAAACAUUGGAAAGCAGAUAGUCCAAGUUACUGAACAACUGUAGAUUACACCAACCACGAUGAUCGGUCACUUCAGCUUUUACAAAGAAUUACAUACAUACAGAGAUACAAUAAUAAACAUUUAUUGAUGGCGA